AUGGUAGCUCGUCGCGUGCUCGCUCCGUUACCGGCGCUCGACGAAGUGUCACUCGCGGCACUGCUGCAGCGGCACGGGCUGAAAGAGUCGCACAGCCGGACAAUCAUCAGCCAUGUCAUUAGAACACGUGGCUUGGGGUCUUGGACCGACAUUCCGAAGCUGCCGCAGCCUCUGUACUCGCUACUGCAAGAUUCGUUUGUCGCCAGCACGUCCGAAGUCGUGGAGGAGAAAACCUCACAGGAUGGCGAGACGAUAAAACUUCUGAUAAAGCUACAGGACGGGUUGACUGUAGAAGCGGUGAUUAUGCGUUACGAUGCGUCAGAGGGACGCUACAAUGGGGGACAACGACCUGGGGGAGAGAGAGCCACGCUGUGUGUGUCUUCUCAGGUGGGGUGUGCCAUGGGCUGUUCUUUCUGUGCCACGGGCACCAUGUCUCGCCCCACCAGCCUCACAGCCGGGGAGAUCGCCGAGCAGCUACUGCUGGCGUCGCAAAGAGUCCCCAUCCGAAACGUCGUCUUCAUGGGCAUGGGAGAGCCGCUCAACAACCAUGCGGCAGUGAAGGCAGCAGUAGAGCUCAUGGUGGCUCCUCAUGGCUUUCACAUGUCGCCCAACCACAUCACUGUCUCCACCGUGGGUGUGGUGCCGCAUAUCCGUUCCUUCGCCUCCGCCUUCCCCUCAGUCAACCUCGCUCUCUCCCUCCACGCCCCCUCACAACCUCUGCGCGUCUCCAUCGUCCCGUCGGCUCGAGCCUACCCCCUAGAAAAGCUCAUGCAAGCAGUGGACGAUUACCAAAAGGACAGUGGCAGGCGAGUCUUUUUCGAGUACAUCCUGUUAGGAGGGGUGAAUGACAGCGUCACUGUGGCACAUGAGCUUGGGCUGCUUCUGCAAUCACGCAACGUGGUGGUGAAUCUCAUUCCAUACAAUCACACAGAGGUGGUAGCUGAUUAUCGGCCAUCCACUCCCGAGGCUGCUGAGGCGUUUCAGAAGGUGUUACGAGAGGGUUACGGGUUACGGACCACCAUCAGGCGUGAGAAAGGGAAUGACAUUGCAGGGGCAUGCGGCCAGUUGGCAGUCAAAGCCCUGAAGGGUGGGAAUUUAGGAGAGUCAAAUUUAGAAGGCGUCGCAGGAGGGCGAACUGACCGCUCUAUUUUCGCCUCUCGGUUUCGAAACGCGCCGUACGUUUCGAAACAGUCUCCAUCAGCAGUGCAUCUUCUCCUAUUGCCGUUGGUGCUCCUGUCUCAGCCAGUUGUCGCUGCAUUCGUCAUGGCGUCUCAUGUCGCAAGCCGUCCGUCCGCAGCGAAUAGUAUAGUAUCAAGCAAUCGCCCUCCAAUUCCGUCGCGAUCUCCAUCGUGGAUCCCAUUGUGCGAUUCGCACUUGCGAAAGCCACUAGCGACGACCGGUUACUGUGCGACGAGGCAACGACUGGGAGUCGUCGUCGCGACGGCCUUCGGAUCGCCGCGGACGACUUUGGCUGCAUUCUCCGCCGGAAAGCCCGUUCAUUCACAAUCCUCUAAGACCAGACGAAGCCUUGUUGUGAACAGCGCGAGUGGCGCAGCAGGCGAAACAGCAGCUGGAGCAAUAACGGAAAGUCCGCCGUACAAUCCGGGUCUGUUCGGCCGGCUCGCGCUCGCGAACUUCAGGCAGAAACUUGUGGAUGUGGUGGGAUGGACCUCGCCGAAAGAGGGGUAUGAUGGGAUGAUAGAGGAGGCGCGGAAGUUGCUGCAGAUGCAUCCGGAUCGCAAGAAGAGCGAGGAGGACGCGGUGACGAUUCUACGAGCCCACUUCCCGCCCUUCCUCCUGCCGCUCUUCAAGAGGUUCUUUGCUCCGUUGUGGGGUGGACGAGUCGCUGCGGUACUCUGUGCGUGGGUGACACACCUCGCCUGCCAGUGGCUCAUGGGGCCCAGCAAGGUGGUGGAGAUAGAGAUGGAGGACGGCCGCAAGCAGCGCUCGGGGGUGAAGAUAGAGAAGUGCAAGUUCCUGGACGAGUCAAAGUGUGCGGGCAGCUGCAUUCACACAUGCAAGAUGCCCACGCAGGCGUUCAUGUUUCAGGACAUGGGGGUGCCUCUACUCAUGGAACCCAACUUCGAGGACUUCAGCUGCGAGUUCAAAUUCGGACUGAAAUCCGUGUCGCUGGGAAGCGAGCUGCGAAGCUCUGCGAAGAAUGUGACCCUGCGAAGCCUGGCUUCGCGUGACCUGGUGAAUCAGGCUGUCUCUCUCUCCUGCGACUCCCGCAGUUUUAACGCAGCGCCAGUUCCCCGUACAAAUGUCGUUUUCAUUUCCGCCUCCGCCAUUCCUCCAGUAACCGCCGCUUCUGCCGCGGCGGUAACCGCGUUUCAAGGGACGCCUGUGCGUACAACGAGUGUGCUUGUAGUGGGAGCGACGGGGACUCUGGGCCGUCAGAUCGUUCGCAAGCUUCUGGACGACGGUUUUGAUGUUCGCUGCCUCGUGCGGCCUCGACCACAGCCCGCGGACUUCCUCCGUGACUGGGGUGCUACUGUCGUCAAUGGCGACCUCACCCGCCCAGAGACCCUCCCGGCGGCGCUCGUGGGCGUGCACACGGUGAUCGACUGCGCGACUGGCCGUCCCGAGGAGCCAAUUCGUACAGUCGACUGGGACGGCAAGGUGGCGCUGAUUCAGGCGGCGCAGGCCAUGGGCGUGCAGCGGUACCUCUUCUUCUCCAUCCACGAGUCGGAGCAGCACCCCGAGGUGCCACUCAUGGAGAUCAAGAGCUGCACGGAGAAGUUCCUCGAGCAGAGCACGCUCAACUACACCACCAUCCGCCUCUGCGGCUUCAUGCAGGCAUUGAUUGGCCAAUAUGCGGUGCCGAUUCUCGAGGAGCAAUCCGUGUGGGGCACAGACGCCACCACCCGCAUUGCCUACAUCGACUCACAGGACGUGGCUCGCAUGACCAUGGCUGCUCUCAGGAACGAGAAGACCUACCGCAAGACUAUUACCCUCGCCGGACCCCGGGCAUGGACCACACAGGAGGUGAUUGCUCUGUGUGAGCGCCUGGCAGGGCAGGACGCCAAGGUGACAACAGUGCCAGUGGGGGUGCUGAAGCUGACCCGCAAGAUCAUGCAGUUUUUCCAGUGGACGUCUGACGUGGCUGACAGGCUGGCAUUCAGUGAGGUGUUGACGAGCAACGCAGUGUUCUCAGCGCCCAUGACGGAGACGUACAAGCUGUUAGGGCUGGAUCCCAAGGACACCACCACUCUCGAGCAGUACCUGCAGGAGUACUACACUCAAAUCCUGCGCAAGCUUAAGGAUUUGAAAGCAACUUCCAAGCAGGGUGACUAUUAUUUGUAA